UACCGCCGGCUGAGCGCGCUGCUGCCCAUCGACGUGUUCGGGCGCGGCGGGCCCGGGCGCCCGGUGCCGCGCUGCGGGCUGCUGCACCUGCUGGCGCGCUACAAGUUCUACCUGGCCUUCGAGAACUCGCGGCACCGCGACUACAUCACCGAGAAGCUGUGGCGCAACGCGCUGCUGGCCGGCGCCGUGCCCGUGGUGCUCGGCCCGGACCGCGCCAACUACGAGCGCUUCGUGCCGCGCGGCGCCUUCAUCCACGUGGACGACUUCCCCAGCCCCGCCGCGCUCGCCGCUCACCUGCGCUUCCUCGACCGCAACGCGGCCGUCUACCGCCGCUACUUCCGCUGGCGCCGCCGCUUCGCCGUGCACCUCACCUCCUUCUGGGACGAGCCGUGGUGCCGGGCCUGCGAGGCCGUGCAGGCGGCGGGCGGCCGCGCCCAGGUCGUGGGCGACUUGGCCGGCUGGUUCGAGAGCUGACGCCGGGGACGGGGCAAGGGGAGGAGGGCCAGCCUGGAGGCCGCAGACACCCUUAAGAAGCGCUUUCGUCCUCCACCCCGUGAAUGGAAAACCUUGUCCUUGGAGGAAAGUGAAGAUGGAUUUGUGGUGUACCUCACCGUAAGCCAGACACAGUCCUGGAAAGCUGCACUUAAAUCAGAUCCUAAAUUCAGAGCCUAAGGGAGUUCAGUAUUAACUCUGCGAUCGUUUACAGUGUGAACAAUCAUGGCCUAAUUUCUUCUUUGUGUUUUCUUGUAACCUGGAUUUAAAAACAAAAAGCAUUGAUAAUGCAGGUGUGAAAAUAAAAUGUGAACAACCUUUCUGUCCCUUUUCCUGACUAACCAGCCAGCAUUUACAAACAAGAGAAGGAAACAAAAAUGUCACCUAGCAUAAGAUUAGUUAUGUCUUUGCUGGGCCUGAAAUUUAAACUGGAGCAUGAAUCCUUUGGACAGGCAGGCCUUACCUGAGCAGAGCAAUGAAAAUGAUUGCACUGCUUUGUGGAAUCAUACAAAGGGAGAAAAGUAAAUUUCAAGAUGUCUAGCAGUGGCAGUUUUUGUUUUUUGUCAGUAC